AUGUGCGGCGAGGACGUGUCUCCAUCUCUAGCUAUGUUGCCCGAAUCUACAUUACAGACCCCGGGCUCGUACUAUCGACUUAGAACCCCUAUACCCCAAGCACAACCUCGGCAACUUGUGUGGGAACAUCGAGAGCGUGGAUUUCGUCCACUUUCAUUCUCCCAUCCUGCUUUACUCCGCGAUCAUAAUGGGAUCGUCCUCCAAGUAACCACUCGACUUGUCGUAGAAGGGGACAAAUCUGUUGUCGAUAGUGGCACUGCUGUCCGCAUUGAAUACCGGCGCAAUCGACUUGUCCAGGACUGCGUCGAGAAUCGUGCAAUCGACGGCUGCCGAUGUCUUGACUGGAGCACGAUCCAGAAGAUACUCUCUCAGCUUGAAAUCAAACCAGGAUGGUCGAUUAAUGUGAAUUUUGAAACGCACCCCAAUGGCGAAUUUUUGAUUGAAUCGACGACGCACCAACAUCAUUUCGUCGGCAAGGAAAUGCCUCAGGGAAUCACUCUAGAUCGCAUUGCAUUGUCGUCUCUCUGUGUCAAGUUUGCACAUGGUCAAACACCAGAUGUCUUUCUUGUGCAUAUUUCCUCGAACGAAGCCUCGCGUCAGCUCAAGGUCUUCAAAGCCGCCAAUAAACAUGAUGACCUCUUCAGUGCUGCAACCUUUUUUGCCUCCCUUCCUGGUUCAGACCACAUUAUUCGGCCAACGCAUAUCGUCGUGGACGAGUCAGACCGGCUUCGUGGGCUGCUCAUGAACUACCAUUCUGCCGGCAGUCUUCUCCAUUUCUACUUCUCCAUCUACCCUCCUCGUCCAAUGAUGAAACUCAUACCAUUUGGAGCUGAUGUACCGACGUUGAGCCCAGGCGUCUUCAUCCCUUUUGAUGUUAAAUUGGCGUGGGCCAUCGAUAUCGUAGCGGCACUGGCUUGGCUCCAUGCGCAAGGCAUAUUUUGGGGCGACAUGCAUGCCGGCAAUGUCGUUCUCUGUGACGAUGGACGAUGUCGGCUUAUCGAUUACUUUCCCGAUCCCAGAGCAUGGGCGCCAGAGUGGGCGCCUCCCGAACUCAAAUCCAUGUCUGCGCAGAUCACCAGGGAAAGAGAUGUAUUUCAAUUGGGUUUGGUUUUGUGGGCGGUAGCGGAGGAGAUCGCGUACUUCCGCCGAGACGUGCCGUUUGUGCGCCCUUCGUUGCCGUGGAGGGACAUCACGCCUGUGUGGUAUUCUGAUCUAGCUAACUCGUGCCUGGAAACGGAGCCAUCCGACCGACCGACCGCGAGCAACAUUCAUACGCUUUUGUUAUCCCACAUAGACUAA